AUGAGUGUUUCAGGACGUCCUAGUGGCUUUGGUCGAGGCUCAUUUUCAGCCGGACGUAGCUCGGAAGUUGAGCGCAUUAUCGCCGCAGCUGAUGUUGACACCACUUUUGCUGGAAAGAAGGCACGCUAUCGUGGCCGUCGCUCUACGUGGCCAGGAGCGCUGGCUCUUUUAUUAUUGGGGUUAAUUUCAGUUGCUGGAUUAACUUAUUAUGGGAUUAAAGUCCAUGCAAAUGUGAAUGAAACGGAAGCCAAUAGUGAAGCAGCUGAAGAGGCACGGUUUACAGACGGGACGCAAAUUGAUGAUGGAAGUCCAAUCGAUCGAACCUCGGACCUUUUGAUUACGAAUCCAAAAACGUAUCCGGAUAAAAAAUGUGAACAACCCAAUUAUAUCAGUAAGAACGGUCGCAUCUAUGCACAAUUGGCAGACGGGACGUCAACUCAACUUGAUAUUAAGGGGAUCAAUUGGAAAGGAAUGGAAGACACUAAGGGUGUACCCAAGGGAUUAUGGGACAAUACGAUCGAUGGCAAUUCAAUGUAUCGAUUUGGGUACUCGCUACGUUACAAUAAGUUUAAUGUGGUGCGACUUCCGCUUUCAAUUGACUCUGUCAUGCGUAAUACGGAGAUUGACUCGAACCUUAUUAACACUAACUCGAAUCGUGCACUGGCUACGGCUUCACAAUACAAUACAUUGCUGGGUUUAGUGGUGCAAGGACUCGGUCAGUUCAAUCUUGGUGUUGUACUGGAUUUUGAAGUGCUGUCAUCGACGGAGGACGACAGUUCGGGUCUCUGGUACGGCUCGACCAUUAAACUCGCGGACAUUAAGACUGCUAUUACAAACUUGGCCGAAGCCAUGUGUGACUCGACACACUUUAAUAUCAUUGGUAUUGAUUUGAAAGACGGACUGAGCAGAGAUGCGACGUGGGGUGAUGGAUCCGACACGGACUGGGCGGUGGCGGCCACGGAAUUGGGAAACCACAUGCUGGAAAAGUGCCCCAAGUGGCUCGCGUUCGUGCAAGGUGUGCAAGGCGAGAGCCAUAAAGACGCGUACGGCGAUCGUAUGCUUAAGAACACGUUUUUGCCUGGCUCAGAUCUCUCGGGUGUGAGUGAGAACCCCAUUGCGCUGGACCUAGACAACAAGGUCGUGUACUCGCCCAAAUAUUACUCGAGCUCGUACAAUCCAAGACUAUUUUUCUUCGAAGGGGGUGAGACGGACGGAAACUUGUUGACAGAAUACGUCGAGUACGCGGACGGUGAUUUGUUGGCCAACGUGAAGCUGAAUAUGAAUUACUCGUUCGGUGCGGCCUUCGACACGGGUAUGGCUGUAGUUCUUUCAUCAUUUGGUGGUCUCAUGACACAAUCGACGGGGCCGUACUUGGCCGGUGGUUUCUGGUGGACGCUGAACCCUGACACGAUGUGGCCGUACCCAGCUCCUGAUGAUUCAAACUCGACGGCUCAAGGUCUGCUGGACGAUACGUGGCGUGCUGCGAACAUGGAUGUGCUGGAAGUGCUGGCCUCGAUGACUAAGGCCAUGAGCAGCGUCAAGUUCAUUCCUUGCUCUACUUGA